AUGGAACAACCAACAGCAGGUCUAUUGACAGGGCCUCAAGGAACCCAAACCACACUUAUAGAAGCACCUCAACAACCACCACCAGUCGUCGUCGUCGACGGCCAGGAAACCGUCGCCUCACUGGCACCAGCAGUGGAGACACCGACAGAGGCAGUCGUAGCUACGCCACCGCCUCAGGAAGUCAACCCGACCGAGGCAGCCGUAGCUACGAUACCGCCUCUGGAGGCCAACCCAACCGUGCAAACAGACCUUACAGUCGAAGUGCCUACCCAACAAUCACAGCCUGGGCCCCCUGAAGAACUAACAAACGAAGCACAACAGGUGAACGAACUAGUCGCUCCUACCAACGGCAAUACACAGGAAAACGUACCUGGCGAACAGCAAGAGCAGUCACAAGUGGACGGAGCAGAUGCAGUGAAUGUUGCCCCAGCUUUGCCCGUUGAGCAGGAAGUAGCCGCGGAUCAGGAGCAGGCAGUUCAACCCGUGGAGAACGUCGUUCAGGAAGCAGCAGUUGAUGGCGCACCAGCGGAAGAGGCUGUGGUCGUGGAUGCAGCUGUGGUCAUUGCUGCUGGGGACGAAGCACCUGCAGCUGAUGCUCCGGCCGUCGACGCCCUUGCAGUUGAAGCACAUGCUGCCAAUGAACCCGCCGCAAACCCAGACGCUGUAGAGGUGCCAGCAGCAGACGUUGCAGAGGUACCGGUAGGAGAUGCUGUGGAGGUGCCAGCAGGUGAGGCUGUAGAGGUGCCAGCAGGAGACGCUGUAGAGGCGCCAGCAGCAGACGCUCCCGCAGAUGGAGAGGCAGCUGAGGCAGCUGACGAUGCAGAGUCAGACGAUGAUGACGACGAUGAUGCCGCAGAAGCAACGCCCGAGGUCUUUCACCGCUGUGACGAUGCUGAGUGGAUGACUCGGAAGCACAUUCCUCUGAAAGGAGAGCUGGAAGAACGGACGUGUGUAUACCACGAAUGGCGUAUUGACGACUGGGCUGGCCUGGAAAGACGAACUACUAGCCCCGAAUUCGUCAUUGGAGGGUACAGAUGGCGACUUCUUGUUUUCCCUCGAGGCAAUAAUACGACCGAUCAAGUUGCUGUCUACCUCGACUCCGCUGAGCCUCAGGGAGACGACAGCUGGCAUGUGUGUGCUCAGUUCGCGCUUAUAAUUUCUAGCCCCGAUGACCCCACUGUUCAUUUCACCAACUCUUCACAUCACCGGUUCAACAACGACGAGUCCGACUGGGGCUUUACCAAGUUCUUCGCUAUCGCGGAUCUGGAACGCGCUCGGGAUUCCCGCGGUAUUUCCAUUCUCAACAAUAACCGACUCGUCAUCUCGACAUAUGUCCGUGUCUACAAGGAUCCUACGGGUCUGCUGUGGCAAGAGUCAAAUGGAUACGACUCCAAGGCAUCGACGGGCUUUGUUGGAUUAGAGAAUCAAGGCGCUACCUGUUACAUGAAUUCGAUGCUGCAGUCGCUUUACUUUACCAACUACUUCCGCAAGGCGGUGUACGACAUUGCCACGGACGAGGAAGAGCCCUCACAAUCUGUGGCGCUUGCUCUGCAGCACGUCUUCUACCAACUGUCGAUCAGCUCGAAGGCAGUGUCGACAAAGGACUUGACACAGUCGUUCGGAUGGGAUGAGGUCGAGAGCUUCCGACAGCACGAUGUCCAAGAGUUCAAUCGUGUCCUUCAGGAAAGCUUGGAGCAGAAGAUGAGGGGGACCAAAGCUGAAGGGGCGAUUCAGUAUCUCUUUGGUGGAAAAACCAAGAGUUUCGUCAAGUGUCUAAACGUCGAAUACGAGUCAUCUCUCACUGAGACCUUCUGCGAUAUCCAAUUGAACGUCAAGGGUUGUGCAACUCUUAGAGACUCUUUCGUCGACUACGUGAAAGUGGAGACACUGGAUGGCGACAACCAAUACUAUGCCGAGGGUCAUGGUCUCCAGGAUGCGAAAAAAGGCGUAACAUUUGAGUCCCUUCCUCCAGUGCUCCAUUUACAUUUGAAGCGCUUCGAGUACUCUCCUGAGCGACAGGCAAUGGUCAAGAUUAACGACAGACACGAGUACCCCGAGAAGAUUGAUCUGGCAGAGUUUGUCGCCGAUGGGGAGCAAAAGGAGAAAUUGGGUGAGGAUGGGUACAAAUACUCUAUCUAUGGAGUUCUUGUUCAUUCGGGCGUCAUGAACAGGGGACACUAUUUUGCGCUCUUGAAGCCCCAGGCAGAUGGCAACUGGUAUCGCUUCAACGACGACACUGUUACCCAAGGAACUCUCGCCGAUGUUCUGGAAGACAAUUACGGCAGCGGUGAUCCUGAGGAGGACACUGAGGCUAUGGCUCUUCCUUUACGACAGGCAAAGAGGCAAAAGCGUGUGACAAACGCGUACAUGUUGAUCUACAUCCGAGACUCUGCCGUUGAGGAGGUUCUGAAACCCGUGACAGCAGAAGAGGUCCCCGAGAAGAUUCUCAAGCAACUGGAAGAGGAACGCAAAACUCAGGAGGCCGAGAAGAAAGCCAAGGAGGAGGCUUUGCUUUGCUUUGAUGCGCGUGUUGUCUCGGACAACGACUUUAGGGCGCACAAUGGAUUUGAUCUGUACAACACCACUUCAGAAACAACAGGCAAGGCGCUCAGAGUCAAGAAGAAGGACACCUAUGCAUCUUUUAAGCGCACUCUUGCUGAAGACCACGGGAUUCCCGAGGACCAGUUGCGGGUCUGGACGCUAGUGAAGCGACAGAACGACACCUUCAGGACAGACGUCCCCAUCCCCGACACCGAGGCCAUGACCCGUAAGUGA